AUGGAAGAAGAUCACUACGACACGCCGUGGGAGUUCCUUGCGCGUCCAAACUCCGUACGGCUUUCGGCCGUAGAAGCUGCCCACUUUAGCAGGGGUCCCGGUGUUAGUACAGGUUCGCCGCAAGGUAAGCAAGCUGGAUUCAGCUAGAA